AUGGGGUCGAUCGCGGAGGAAAAGUCCAAGAACGCACCCCUCAAGGAUGCCGAGAAUGGCAUCGAGGGCUCCAACAAGGACUCUAAGGAGAGCCCGGAGCGGCCACCUUCAUACAACCAGCCAGAGGUCCCAAUCCAACUGCCUCAGCUCGACCUCAAAAACGGGCCAGUCAGUGAGACUACUCAGACCGUGAGUCCCGACCAGGUUGUCGCGCAUCUCAAGUUCAUUGCCGUUCUUGCGGAUCUGCGAGACUUUGUUUCGAACAAUGACGGUCUCUUUGGUCUCUUUGACUCUCAGGCCGACAAGUAUCCCGAUUCGCUCGACGAGGCUCGUGUUCGUAUCCGCGAGAAGCGUUGGGCUGUCUACACGGCUCGUGCAGCCGAUCGGUAUCAGAAAUGGUGGUCGGCUUGCCUCCCAGUGUCCCGAUCGCAUGUAACCAUGCAGGACUUGACCGCGGACAAUUAUGAAGAUGUCCUCAGGUGCGAAACCAAAGUUCUAUGGAGCGUAGAAACCAUGCCCCCGCUUGAUAUUUUAAUGGUAUGGCACUCUCACAUGCUGAAUCCGAGAAACUUCAUGGAAGAUUGCAUUCGGUAUGGCAAGAUGAGUACUUGGAAAACUGGAUUUCCCUUUGCUGCCGUAAAUGCCUGCAUCGACGAUCGUACCUUGGAGUACACCGUACCCGAGAAAACGAAACAGCUGUUUGAGAAACAGCUCAGAAUGAAGUGGGAUAACCUCCAUGAUCCUCCAGGCAAGGAUCUCAAAUGUCCACGCUGCGCGCAAGUCAACACUAUCCUUUGGACUGAAGGCGGCAUUGGCGAGUCAGUGAAAGAAGCCUUCAAGGAUAGCACUGGUUUUGCAGAUCGGUCCUUUGAGACCACCUGCAAGCACUGCAAGUGCUUCAUCAAUCAUGACCGCCUCAGAGUCGCUAAGUUCCGCAGCGACCUGAUCGAGCUACUUGAGAAUAAGUGGCCAAUGCCAGGGAGUAUCUACAAUAUAAAUGGCGUCCCCGAAGGCCCUCUCAAAGGAAGGCCCAAGCUACUCAACCAAUUGAUGCUGUUCCCAAGUUUGCUGAUGGAGACAUUGGGGAGGGACCUGCUCGCUUUCACCGACCCUCGACUAGAUCGGUGCAGGGACAUCGAUGCCCUCCGCAAAGAGCUUGAAACGAAGCUGCGCGAUCGAAAUGUGAUAAAAAGAGCGCACGCCCGUGGAUUCCUCAACGGUUCCACCGUCCGGCCCGGCGAGAAAGUGCACUUCCGACGCAUGAUGUCGCACUAUUGGGAGAAUUUCAGCCCCUUCGCACUCGAUCUCGUCGGUGCGGUGAUCCGUCAGGGAACCUUUGUUCAGAAGAUGGACAACAUCGACUGGCUGCACUCGCCCACGGUCAUGGAAACUGCAGACCGACUGAUCAAAAAGUAUGAAGUCUUCUUCAAGAUUAUGUUUGAUAACCCGUCGAAAAUGGCCGUGCCCACCUUAGACGUCGAUCUCGCCUGGCACACGCACCAGCUCCAACCAAGAAGAUACUACAAAUAUAGCACCCGGGUAAAGACCUAUUCGAUCCGUGUAUUCAUUGACCACGACGACAAAGUCGACGAGAACAAGCUCUCCGAAGCAUUCGAAUGGACAAGCAAGAUGUACCGCCGAGCCACAGACGGCGCCAUCUACAGCGAAUGCACCUGCUGGUACUGCGAGGCCACUCGCGCCCCAGAUCUAUACGACCGCGUCUUUAACGUUGGCUCCGCCUCACGAGCCCGCGAGAAUGCAGAUACCCUUCACGAUCGCCAAGAUAUCUCCUCCGACCCGGACAAGAACCCACAUAUUUCUGCUCACAACGCCGUGCGACCAGCGACCCUUGCCGCCCAGGAUCCCCGUAUCGGCCAGCUCCAGCGCAUUCGGCUACACCGAAACUACGAGAAAGCCGUUCGACGCGCUGAGAAGCGCGGUGUCGUCCGGUCUGAUGCGAAGAGGAGCAAGGAUGGCGGUUACGAGCCAUAUUACUACGCCCCGUAUGUUUGGGGCUAUCCCAUCAUUGUGCCUUACUACGGUCCAUAUAUGUGUGACCCUGGUAUCAGUUCGGACUCUUAUGCUUGCAACCCGAGCUGCAUGAAUGUCAGCGCCGGUAUGGUGGGCAACUGCUGCUCAGGAACAUGUGGAGGCGCCGUGGCGGCUGGCUCUUGUGGUGGCGCUGGUGCCGUUGGAUGCGCUGGUUCAGGAUCUGGAUCUGCCUGUGGAGGUGGAUCGGGAGGAGGCUGCGGCGGUGGUGGUGGAUCAGGAGGAGGCUGCGGCGGUGGUGGUGGAGGUUAA